AUGCAGCAGUCGCCCUUUGAAAAUAUAUUCAACAUUAUCGGAGGAAUAACGGAAGGAAACGAGAAACCCAUGAAACAUGGGUUUUAUAACGCUUUUGCCUUAUUCAUAUUAGCUAUAUGUUGUGUGGCAGUGUAUGUGCUGUUUCUAAUUUUGGAGCCCUUUUUCAAACCUUUGUUUUGGGCUCUUCUAGUUGGAUCUUUGCUCCAUCCAUUUAAAUAUAAACUUUCGAAGAAGCUGAAAUCAUGGUUCGAAGACCUGGAGAAGUCGAACACGUCUGUGGUAGUUGGUUUGAUGGUGAUUCCAAUGAAUGUGGUUAACUAUGCUUCGGACACUGUUGGCCAACAGUUUAUAGAUCAUUACAAGACUGUGAUAGGAUUGUUAUCAGCAAUAUUUGUGUUGCCGUGGCUAUACAAUGCAGUACCUCGGAGUCUAGUCUGCCUCUUCUGGCAACUCAGUAGCUUCAUCAGCUUUUCCACGACAUUAUUGAUAAGUGUCUGCAGCUCUUACAUUACCUUGACAAUAUUCUUAGCUUACAUAAUUAGUGUGUACAUAUUAUGGACACCGCAAAGAGCCACCAUCUUCCGUAUUACAUCUCACAUGCUAUGGCUGGUCAUCUCAAGCUUCAUAGCAAGUCUCACAGGAUCUCUGCAAGUCUACACUUUUGUGUUCCUUCAAGCAAUAUGCAUUACUGGCUUUACUUUACAAGUGUUUGAUGCACAUAAGAAAUUAUUGGGAAAAGAUCCAGAAGCGUCACUCAUAUUAGCAUUCGUUAAAACUAUUUCAAAUGAUGAAGAUAAUGAGAAGAAGGUGGAAGAUAAACCUGAAGAGGUGGCUAUGGAGUCCAGUGAGCAAGAGAGUACUCCAGAAAAAGACUCUCCAUCUCCAGUAACACCUGAAGGCUUAGUAAAAAGGGGAAGUUGGGCGUCUAACGAGCCAAUCCAAAGUUCUCCACGCCACCCAAAAAUGUUAUUCAAAACUAGAACGCUAUCCGCUCUACCGUUAUCGAAUCCGAAAAUUAAAUGCGACACACGAUUCUUGAAUGCGUUCAAGCAAAGAUCGUUAGAUGAGAAUUACAUUAAGAAUAACUUUGACAAUGAUGAAGAAACGGCUCUCUAUUUCAAGCUCCUGUUCUUUGGAUGUCUCUGUAUGCUUGUUUGGAAACAUAUCUGGUUGUUACCUGUAACUCUGUUCUUCCUGGCUAUACAUGUUAUGAAGAGGCUGUUGGACUAUUUCGGAGUAUGGCUGUUCUUUGAGAAUCACUACAAUAAUGUUAUGGGGAAAAUAAAGGGCUGGUGGAAAUUGAGGCAAUCAGCUUUACUGCCAGCACACGUCCGUGGACUGGGCAAGAUGGCGUCUGUUUGCAAUUCUAGCAUCCGAGACAUGGGGUAUAGCUCCGUGGAUACUGUGUCCACAUGUAUCGUCAUUGUUGGACUUAUAUUAUUCCUGACGGUUGCUAGCGUCUUCAUAUUUAUUCAAAUAUACUCCGAAGCCAUAGUAGUGGUCCAGUUGAGCGGUAGUCUCUUGAACAGCACUUAUGUUCAGAAUAGCGAAUUGCAUGCUUAUCUACCUGAAGGAUGGGAGGAGAAACUUGACUCGCUUAUUGAUAACGCAUACACGUACGGGAGGGAGGGAAUCUCUACAGCGAUUCAGAACUUAGUUAAAAGUAUCCUAAAAGAAGGUGAUCCAGAGAAAAUAAAUCGUGUUGAACAACAAAUAUUGGAGUUGUGGGACCGAGUGUACCAGAGUUGGGUGUCGGGACACUUCGCGUCCACUGUUGGGCCGCAGGUCGACGGCGCUGCGAUACAGGACUCGUGGGAUAACCUGGUCAAUGAUGUGUCUAAUGCACCUGGUAUGUUCGACUACUCAGGCAUAGUGGCGUGGGUGCAAGCCAACGUGGGUACUCUAAGUGCCAUAGCUACAAGUAUAUGGGCGCCAUUGGCGAGCAAUGUGUCUCUGCUGGCCGGGUCAGUAGGAGCAUUCACAUCGCUGCUGCUCUGCGGUGGAAGCGCUCUCAUUAACAUGUUUAUUAAUUUGGUUGUAUUCUUCACGACUCUGUUCUACCUGCUGGCGUCCAGUAACGCGCUGUACAAGCCGGUGGAGGUGAUCACACAGGUUCAGCCUAACUUUGGACCUAGACUCGGCAUCGCGCUCUCUGUGGCUAUUAACCAGGUAUUCCGAGCAUCAUUCAAGAUGGCGUUGUUCUAUGGUCUAUGGACUUGGCUGGUACACAAUCUGUUUGGCGCUAAAGUCGUUUAUUUACCAUCAGUGUUAGCAGCCGUAUUAGGUGCAGCUCCGUUCCUGGGUCCAUACCUGGCUGGUAUACCGGCCGCGCUGGACGUUUGGCUACAAGGCAGACCUAUGGCCGCGUUACUGCUACCCAUAGCGCAAGCAGCUCCCAUAGCUUUCCUCGAUGCUGCCGUAUACGCUGAGAUAAAAGACGGCGGACAUCCUUACGUUACCGGUCUAGCCAUUGCCGGCGGCAUAUUCUACCUGGGACCUGAAGGUGCAAUCCUUGGCCCUCUCCUGCUCUGCUGCCUCAUGGUGGUCCUGAACCUGUCUUCCACAUUCCUCAGGGACACACCUUCCGAGGAGAGGGCAGCACUACACUCGAGAGUCAGGUCGUUAUUGGGAUGUUUUUAA